GUCAUUGUCGACGAAGAAUCAGCCAUUCCAGAGUCAGUCAUUGUUGCCUGUCAGGAGGCCCAAAAGGGUGGUCUCCUGGCCUCUUCGAACUACGGUAACCUACUCGCAUCAAUGUCUGGUUACGAAAAACCUCCAGCCUAUGGCUACGGCUACGGCAUUGCCACACGACCUGAUCAGGCACCUGGCUAUCCUGCAUACAACCAAUCACAGUUCAAUCUCUCCUACUCAAAUUCCCACGCGCAGGUCCCAUCUGGCCUCCCAGAUGCUGCUCAAAUUCCCCUGCUCACCGAAGAGUCAUACCAAUCUCAUGACUCUUCUUAUGCUCAACAAAAUGCAUCAUCUUAUCCUUCUUACAUGGCUGCUGGAUCCCGUACCUUGCCUGAAAUCGUCUCGGCUACGCCACAACGAGGCCCUGCAGGCGGUAGAUUUAUUAUCUACAUGAACGCCACUGAGGACCUGGCAAGCAACGGAGUCUCGUUCAUUGUAUCUUUCGGUACCAAACGCUGCGAAGGUCGUCUUACCACCUUGCCCGGUUCAGGUCCGCAACCAAACUUUGCCGUUAUUGUCGACGUUCCUCCAUUCGAGGCUACUGCAUCAUCCAACACUGUAGUCACCAUCUAUCUUGAGAUGGUAGACAGUGACAAGCAAGCCCUGAACGUGCCUGUCGAGGUUGGACAGUACACAUAUACCGACGCGACCCCUUACGCCAUCUCGAGUCCAUCGCAAGGCAGCACGCGCAAGAGGAAAAUGUCAGAAGACGCUCAGUCGCCGAACAAGCGCCCUUCGUCGCAGAACCUCCGCGACUCUCCUCUUCACAAUCCUGCCGAAGUCAAGUACUCGCCGCCCUCGUCCACCAUGGUUGACCCGUACUCUUCUCGUCCUCCGACUUCUUCCAGCGCAAUCUCGUACGCUCGUUCUUUCAACGCUCCUGCACCUACCCAGUAUUCGCAGAACUUGCAACAGGCGCCUACGUACAGACUAGCUCCCACGCCCAUCGGUAUGCCUCAGCCCCAGCCCUUCAACUCAUACCCUUCGACAUACAUGACCAGUGACCGAACAGCACCGACUGCUCAGGUCACCAACGUCUCGUCGAGCGGUGCCAAUCCACCCCUCAUCCGCACCACUGCUUUGCAGCCGUCGCCUACUGGCAUGUCACCGAGUCAGCCUUUCAACCCAUAUGCCAUGUACCCAUCCAACAUCAAGGCUGUCCUCAAGCUGGAGGGCGACCUGAAUGGCAUGGCAAAUGAUUGGAAUGCAGACGAAGUUGCUGCAAGACGUCGUAUUGUGCGCUUCCGUCGCAGUCAGAAUGGUAGUGUCAUUUCUGCUUCCUUCCAGCCCGUCACGCCUGAGGAACAUGCGCAAGCGCCUGGCUGCAUCUACGUCAACUGCAUCUGGUGGGAAGAGGAGAACGGCUGCUAUAUUACCAGUGUUGAUACUAUUCAACUAUUGGAGUCGCUGGUCGCUGUCCGCUUUACUGUCGAAGAGAAGAACCGUAUCCGUCGCAACCUUGAAGGGUUCAGACCUCAAACAGUGUCGAAGACCAAGGCUAAAUGCGAGGAGUUCUUCAAGAUUAUCAUGGGUUUCCCAAGCCCCAAGCCACGCAAUAUCGAGAAGGAUGUCAAGGUCUUCCCCUGGAGAAUUCUUGCCGGUGCUCUCAAGAAGAUCAUUGGCAAAUACGUAAGUUUUACAAUUUUGUUAUAUCUGCAUCUGUAUCCUCUGAACUAA